ACUUCGGCCAUUAUUCUAAGUAGACAAAAAAGAAAGUACUGCACUACCAUGGAUUACACGGCAAAUUUUGUGACAUAAAUGAACUUUAGAACAUUUUAAGUAUGGUCACUGGAGAAAAUACACAAAUGGUGCCAACCGAGAAUGUCUGUGUGGCAGAUGAGGAGAAAUAUGUGUGUAUUGUGCGGGAUAUGGUAGACACCCAGUGCCAUGGGAUACGACACACCAUCAACUUACCAGGCUCCACCCCGGUGAAGGAUAUGAUGACCCAGGUUGCUGAGAUGUUUGGUUAUGUAGAUGACACAAUAGCCGUGCACUACGAGAUACAGACCGGAGCAGAGGUACACGAGGUGUCUCUCGGAGACCAUGAAGGGAAGAAACUUCAAGAUAUCUGUACAAAUGGAAUCAAGAAACACAAUUUUACCAUAGCUGAGAAAGAGGGCACACUACCCCAGAAAGCAGAGAGUGGUACCUCCUCUGGCACUAGCUCCUCGACCUCUGGUGUAUCAGGUGCCUCAGGUACCUCCUCCUCAUGCUUCAAUGGAGCCUCAACUUCUACUUCCACCGACUUCACUUAUCCAGAGAGCUACUCCUAUGCCACUGCUGUCAUUAAGUCUGAUACAGGUUAUGUUGGACUGGUGAAUCAGGCUAUGACCUGCUAUCUGAACAGCCUUCUGCAGACUCUUUAUAUGACCCCAGAGUUCAGAAAUGCCGUAUACAGAUGGGAGUUUGAUGGAAGAGAAGAGGACAUGUCUAAAAGUAUCCCUUUUCAACUACAGAAACUGUUUCUGCUGCUUCAGACCAGCAAGAAAAAGGCCAUAGAGACAACUGACUUGACCAGAAGCUUUGGCUGGGAUAGUAGUGAAGUCUGGCAACAACACGAUGUCCAGGAGUUAUGUAGAGUCAUGUUUGAUGCUCUGGAGCUCAAAUGGAAGAAGACUGACCAGGCAAAUCUCAUCAACAAUUUGUACCAAGGCAAAGUCAAGGACUAUGUUAAAUGCUUGGAGUGUGGAAAUGAGAGUGCUCGAUUAGAUACAUAUCUUGAUAUACCUCUUGUCAUCCGCCCAUUUGGCUCCAAUGAGUCACAUAGUAGUGUGGAUGAGGCCCUGCAGGCAUUUGUGGAACCUGAAACAUUAGAUGAAAAUAACCAGUACUUCUGUGAGAAGUGCAACAAAAAAUGUGAUGCCCACAAGGGUCUGAAGUUUGUUUCCUUUCCAUAUUUAUUGACUCUGCAGUUGAAAAGAUUUGACUUUGAUUAUUCAACACUGCACAGGAUUAAGCUGAAUGACCGAAUGAUUUUUCCUGGAGUUCUAAACCUGAACCACUUAAUUGAACCAGAAAAAGCUGGUUCAGAGGAGACCACAGCCAACACUCUGGAAGAGAGUAGUGAUGAAGGCAUUGAUGAAGGAAUAGAGAUAGAAUCCAGCCUGACUGGGACCUCUUCAGAAAAUUCUAGUCUUUCGAGUGAAGCCGCCGCAAACAACAAAAACGUGAGAGCUGCAGGAGCCAAGGGUCCAUAUGCCUAUGAGCUGUUCUCCAUAAUGGUGCAUUCUGGUAGUGCUGCAGGCGGACAUUAUUAUGCCUACAUAAAGUCUUUCAAAGAUGGACAGUGGUACAGUUUUAAUGAUCAACAUGUCUCAAAGAUAACGUACGAUGAUAUUACUAAAACGUAUGGUGGCUCCAGCACGUCCAGGGGAUACUACUCCGCUGCCUACACAAGUUCCACAAAUGCCUAUAUGCUGAUGUACAGACAGAUUGAUAAACAGCGAAAUAAAGGUAUUUCAUGGCAUCUGAUAAUUUUGUUCAUGGUUAAUAAAUGUGUAUGUACAAUAGUGAUCCUGUAUUUUAUUGUUUCAUCAGAUUUUAUACAACCUGAGAAUUUCCCCAAACAUCUCAAAUUGGCUCUACAAAGACUGAAGGACCGAGAAGAACAAGAAAUCCGACAACGAGAACUUGACAAAUCUACCUGCAAGAUUAAAGUGUACUACUUUCACCCAAGAGAGAAAAGAAAGAUGGAACAGAUUGAAGUUCACAAGGAUAAGACCUUAAAAAGUUCAUUGGCCACAGAAAUGUGUUCUAGGUUGUUUAGCAUAGACAAGUCUGUUCCACUUGACUGCUGUCGUCUGGUGAAGUUUGACGAGUAUCAGGACACGCUCGAGUGCUCCUUCGCGAUGAAGAUGACCCCCAUGGGUUUGUUACUGGGAGGAGUUAAACAGGCCUACAACUUUGACCUCCUCCUGGAAACGAAGCGGGCAGAUCAGGUGUUCCAAGAAUACAAGCCCGGGGGUGUGACGGUAAAGCUGUUUAUUGCUGACUUACCAAAUGACAUCAUCCAGGAGCCCCCUAUCAGUGUUCGAGCCUACCAUUCACAAACUGUCGCUGAGUUCAAGAAAAUGGUGGGGGAGGUUCUGAAUGUCUCAGCAGCCCAGAUGAGAUGUGUUUUGGAGAGGUUUCACAAUGACCUCAAAUUAUUAUUUGUCCCUAAUAAAACCCUGAAAAGAGGGUUCUUCAAAAGCAACAAGGUGUAUGUGGAAUUUUCUGGUGAGGAGGAUACCACAAACUUUACACAAACCCACUUCUUCCGAUUGCUGGAUCGGCACCAAAACACAAUCCGAAUUCACGUCAACCUUCCCUCCUCAUCUGAUGUGGAAGAUUUUCUCAAGUCAAGUUCAAGACAUGAACAGCUUUUGAAAAAUGCCAUAAAUUCUGGAAAAUCUAGAGAAGACAGUUCAACCUCUUUAGAAAUAAGGAGUAAAAAUGGAAGUGACUCUUUAGACGAGGGGAUAAGUGAUCGUGGAAGUGAUAGUGAAAUUGAUUUCAAACUGAAGAAAACAACACUUCAACAGUCCAGAAGUGACCCUUCAAUUUACCACAGCUGUCAAUCAAUUGACAAUGGGCGUGUCAGUCCCCUUGGUUCCGCCUCUGAGGGACGGGCCAGUAGUCCCAUUGGUCACAGUAGCAGUAGUCAGGAUACAAGCACUAGUGCAGAGUUUAGUAUUUCAACCAGUUACAGGGGUGUGUGUAAUAUUUAUGAUGGACAAGAAGAAGCGACAGACAGUGUGCUUGAAGAUUCAAACAGUCGUGAACCGGUCGAGCAUGGAGAGAGUGAUUCAGAGCAGACUGCACCGCCCUCACCCGGGGACCGAGUGAUCAAUGACACUGAUUUUAAACCCGAGGAGAACUGGGAUUCAGAUUGUGAUAAUGAUGUUACAAUAACAAAGGAGGAACCCUCUAAACGCUACUUUCACAUUGUUCAAAAUGAGAUGGAUGUGCUUACAAAACAGAGAAAUUUAACAGUGCUUGUCGAUAAACGAAUUACACUUGGGGCUUUCAAAAAGGAACUAGAAGCACAUGUAGGAACAACUUCUGAUAACUUUAAGGUUUACAGAGUCUACUCAAAUAAUCAAGAGUUUGAAAGCAUCAGACUGACCGAGACGCUCUCCUUUUUUGAGGAUGGAAAGUUGAAUAUCAAGUUAGGUAGAGCCCUAAAACCAGGUGAAUACAGGGUCAAAAUUUAUCAGCUGCUUGUCAAUGAAUCAGAGCCGGGAAAGUUCUUGAUAGACACAAUAUUUGCCAAGGGAAUGUCAGUCCAAGAAUCAAAGAAACUGAUUAUACCAGAGAUCAAAGAACAGUGUGGCAUCGAUAUUCCUCUUGAGAGAUGUCGACUGAGGAAGAAGACGUGGAGAAAUCCGGGAACUGUCUACGUAGAUGAUCAGGUCUAUGAGGAUGAAGUCCAUAUCUUUGCAAACUGGGAAGUCUUCUUACAAAUCCUGGAUGGACCCGAGGAGAUGUCUACAACAUCACAACUGGCCAUAUUUGUUCGAAGAUGGAAACCCAGCAGUUACGAGCUGGACCAAUUCCAAGAAGUGAUUCUGUCCUCCCAAACCGUAGACGACCUCAAAGAAAAGAUAUCUGAUAUAAGUGGAAUACCUGUGGAAGAUAUUGAGUAUGCAAAGGGACGAGGGACUUUCCCAUGUGACAUCUCGCUGCUGGAGAUUCACAAUGAUUUGGAUUGGAGUCCCCACGUAACCAGCCUCAACUCCUGGCCGCUGUAUAUCUGUGAUGAUGGAUGUGUUCUCUACUACAGAGACAGAACAGAGAAGUUAGCAGAGUUGUCAGAAACUAGAAAGAAAGAACUACAACAAAAGGAGAAUGCCAGAAUGGCACGUGGAACGGUUCGUUCAUCAUACUCGCCAAGGAAAGAAAGAGCUCUUAAAAUCUACACAGAUGAAUCACCGACAGUUAGUGAUGCCAAGUCGCCGCCUGAUUUAGACUGAAGAAAAGUGAUUGGAUAAUUCUUGUGAUCUGAACUGUUGAUUUUUUUCUUAAGCCUGUCAUAUCCACAGAGUUCUAAAUGUGCUUAUCAUCAGUCUGUGUGACCUUUGAUCUCAUAGGUGAAUUUUGUCCUGUGAUUUGCUUUUGAGAAUGAAAAAAAAAAGAUGUCAGAUUCUGUAGUCCAGAUUUAGCUUUGCUGGUAGCAUAUGACUGAAAUAUCCAUUAUUUGUGUUUAAAAUUGAAAGAAAAAUUUCGUUUUGUUUCAUAAAUGUUUUAAUGCAUUUUUUGUUACUUCAUAUUAUGUCAUAGUUUCAUGCAGUGAUAUAUGUAUAUAGAUUCUAAUGUAAGAUUAUCAAGAGAGAUUUGUCUUUCAAACUGUUGUUGGUUUACGUUUCAGUGUACAGUUCUCAUGACAGAUAUGAAUAUCGUGCAGAAGGUUCAGCAUGCUCCAUUACCAAUGAAUUGAUUGCUUGUUUUAACUGCUAGAGAAGAUUUCCGUCUUUAUCUAAACCAUAUUGAAUUCAGUCUUUGCAUGCACAAUAAUAUUUAAAUAUGUAAUUUAGUCUGAGAGAAAUGUAAGGAUUAUUUCUGUUAAGAAAGUUUUCUUCCAGACUGCCAACUGUAAAAUGUAAUUGGCUGAAAUUCAAUAUAUUCAGUAUUUUAUCUAUUGUUCAAGGUUUGAUAAUAUAGUUGCUAUGUAUUAAAUCUGUGAACGCUAAAAAUGACUUUUUCAUGAACAAUAUUCUUCAAACUCUUGGAAAAAUGAAAACAUCAUUAGGUCUCCAAUACAAAAUAAGGUGUUACAGACUGCAUAAUUGAACAUUGUUGUUUUCUCAUUAAAAUCAAAAUCAGUACUACUAUGAUAGAAUUACA